AUGACGCCCAAUUCUUCCCACGGCAAGCCUGACGUCGACGUCGACGUCGAGGCCGAUGGUGUUACCAUCAAGGAUGAUGAUCCCAUGGAAAGAAGCACGCGUAUCACUUUCCAUGACACUGCCACCGAGGCAGAGGGAAUGCGCUCCAUUUAUCAACCCACCCAGCUUGGACGUACUUAUUCGCUGGGCCGUGAUACGAUUCGCAGUACCCGGAGUACCAACCAGGCAACUGCAGGUGGAAACAAUGGGAUACCUAUCGACUUCCGUACACUCUCAAUCCAGAUCUCCGAGUCUCAAACCCGCCCGAAAGAAAUCGUGACCGAAACCCCCAAGGAGAAAGUACCCAAUCAAGAUUACUUCGAGAGCUUGGAUUUCCACACUAUUUCUCAAGAGAAGGUCUGUCAGGAGUUCAACGUCGACCAGCGCUUCGGUCUCAGUGCCGAAUCAGCGGCUCAACGUCUUCAGCGCGAUGGAAAAAAUGUUAUUGCCCAGACCCGCGAGAACUAUCUUAAGAAGAUCUUCUUUUAUGUCUUCGGUGGUUUCUGUUCCGUCCUGUGGGUGGGUGUAAUUAUUUUCUUCCUCUGCUGGAAACCCCUCAGCAAUCCACCCUCGCCGACGAAUCUUGCUAUGGCUAUUCUCGUCAUCAUUGUUAUCACCCUUCAAGCCAGUUUCUCAGCUUUCCAGGACUGGUCGACCAAGCGGGUUAUGAAUUCUAUCUUAAACCUUCUUCCAUCGGAAGCUCUGGUCUUGCGUGAUGGAAAGCAACUUCGUCUUCCUGCCACAGAGCUGGUUGCUGGAGAUAUUGCACAGAUCACUGUGGGAAACAAAGUGCCUGCCGAUAUGCGUCUGCUGCAGACUUCUGGGGAUAUUCGAUUUGAUCGUGCAAUCCUCACCGGCGAGUCAGAUGAGAUUGAUGGUGCUAUUGAAUCAACAGAAGCAAAUUUCCUUGAAACUCGCAACAUCGCGCUUAUGGGAACCCUGGUUACAAACGGAAAUGCCACCGGCAUUGUGCUGCUAACCGGUGGUCGUUCCGUCAUGGGCCGGAUUGCUACUAUGACAGCCGGUGUCAAGCAGAAGCCGACUCUGAUUCAAAAAGAGAUCACCCGCUUUGUUACCAUUAUUGUUAGCCUGACUGUCUGCCUCGCCUUGCUCAUCCUAUUUACCUGGUUGGGAUGGCUCCGCAAAGAUCAUCCUGGAUACAUGAGUGUGGUAGCUAUGCUCAACAAUGUCAUGGGCUGCGUGGUGGCUUUUAUUCCAGAGGGUGUGCCGGUUGGUGUCGCACUGACGCUGAUGAUGGUCGCUCGACGUAUGAAGCAGACAAACAUUUUGCCCAAGGGAUUGGCGACCGUGGAAACUUUGGGAUGUGUGAAUGUUAUUUGCUCCGACAAGACAGGAACACUCACACAAAACCGCAUGUUCGUCAAGUCUCUUGGCAUGGUCGACUGGGAAUACAAUAUUGACGAUCUGGUGCCUGGCAUGGAGUCUUCCGAGGCAUUGAAAAAUCUCCUUCGUGCUUCGGUCCUUUGCAAUGACGCUACCUUUGACCCAGAGACCCUGAACCUACCAGUUUGGGAGCGUAUCGUCAAUGGAAAUGCUACGGAUGCUGCUGUGCUGCGACUUGCCGACAGUGUGGGCGCUGCUACUCCAAGGAAUCUUGAGCCCUACGCUCGCGUCCACCAAAUUCCGUUCAACUCGAAGAACAAGUGGAUGUUAACAAUGCAUCAAGACCCGACUGCUUCCAAAGAAUAUAUGAUCUAUGUCAAGGGUGCACCUGAUGUCCUCUUGGACCGUUGUUCCACCUACUGGUCUGCCGUCAAUAAUGCUGUUCGUCCACUGGACACAAAUGCCAGGCAAAAGCUUUCCGACUUCCAGGCCAAGCUGUCUCGUCGCGCCGAGCGUGUGAUCAUCCUCUGCCAGCGCCGCUACAUCCCAACCCAUCCUCUGGGAUCCAAUGGAUUCAGUGACGAGAUCCUCGAAUCGGGCGUUGAGGAUCUGACAGUUCUUGGAAUCUUCGGCAUCAUUGACCCCCCACGCCCAGAGACGGCUCAGACCGUGGCCGCCUGUCGGUGUGCGGGCAUUCGCUUCUUCAUGGUCACUGGCGAUUUUGGAUUGACUGCGGCGGCAAUUGCUCGUGAUAUCGGUAUUUUCGAGGGUGAAGUUGAGCCCGAUACUAUUCAUGAUCUUCGAGACGGCUUCUCAUCGGACAAAUCGCCGCCCUCAAGACGCAGCUUGCUUCUUGAGGGCAGUAGCCUGUCGUCAUUGAACCAAGAAGAGUGGUCUACAGUUUGUGAUUAUGAAGAGAUUGUCUUUGCCCGCACUAGUCCCGAACAAAAGCUACGAAUUGUGUCAGAGCUUCAGGCAAAGGGCAAUUUUGUCGCUGUUACAGGUGAUGGAGUCAACGAUGCACCUGCUUUACGUGCUGCAGAUGUUGGCGUUGCGAUCGGCUCCGGUAGUGAUGUUGCCAUUGAAGCGGCCGACCUUGUGCUACUUGAUCGAUUCGAUUCCAUUGUCGAGGCUAUCCGCCUCGGUCGCCUGGUCUUCCAGAACCUUCAAAAGGUUAUCGCCUAUCUGCUACCCGCUGGUAGUUGGUCCGAGAUCUGGCCUGUGCUCAUGAAUGUCUUCUUCGGAUGUCCCUCACCACUGAGCUCUUUCUUGAUGAUUAUUAUUUGUGUUUUCACCGAUCUUUUUCUGUCCUUGUCACUUAUUAUGGAAAAGGAGGAGUUUGACUUGAUGAGCAUUCCCCCUCGGAAACCUCGCGAGGAUCAUCUGAUCAACAUGCGCAUUUAUGGCCAGUCAUACCUCUUUGUCGGUGUCAUGGAAGCUUUCAGUGCCCACUCCAUGUUCUUCUUGUACAUGUGGAAAGCCGCGGGUAUUCCAUUCAGCGAUCUAAUUUUCGCCUUUGACAAGUACACUGAUGGAUUUCAUGGAUAUACGACUGAUGAACUAAACCACUUCAACUACGUUGGCCAAGGUGUCUACUUUGUCACCCUUGUCAUCAUGCAAUGGGGCAAUAUCCUGUCUGUCCGCAGCAAGCGCAUGUCUCUUCUCCAAGCAGACCCCAUUCGCCCUGCCCGUCGCAACCCAUGGCUCCCUCUAGCUAUGGCAAUUUCCCUUGUCAUUGCCAUUUUCGUCACCGAAGUACCUGGUAUCCAGUCUUUGUUCCUGACAGCCUCUGUACCCAUUGAGUUUUGGCUCAUUCCACUCGGUCUGGCAAUGGGUGUUCUAUGUAUGGAUGAGCUGCGCAAGGUUCUAGUGCGCAUGUUCCCCAAGGGACCGGUUGCGUGGAUAUCAUGGUAA